CAACAGCUAUCAUGUCCUGAACGGUGAACAAGGCGAAUACCUCGGUGAUGUAAUCCUGAGAAUUGAUCCCUACAGCAUGCCUGAGGGUCGGUUAUGCAAAGUCGCACCACUAUGGUCCUCAUAUUUAAUCUACUCGUCCCUAUCCUUUUGCCUCAGCCCAUUUCCCUCCCUUGCCACUUAGGAUGUCUUCUGAUUUAUCCGAAGCUGACAUAAUUGCACUCGUGCAUGAAAAUGAUGCUUACCCUGAACAAGUGUGGUAUACUAUUGCUGCGUUUCUCUUCGUAGUAGGCUGCUUCCAGUGGGGCUCACGCAUCCACUCCAAACUCGCCAGGCGCAGACACUACGAGUCUGACGAAGAAACUGCUGCCACCAAUGACAUUCAAUACAGAUUCUCUCUCCGCCGUAUCCCGCUCGCGAUCGUAAAUGUCUAUCGUGUUGUUACUUUUCGGUGGACCCUGGAAAUAGGGCAAUCUUAUACUCUCAAUAUGGCAGAGGUUUUUGUCACUGUGGCAUACAUCGCCCUUCUGUUGAUCUAUGCCUUCGUUAACACCACCUCAGUCGAGGGUCAGAAACUUGAUAUCAUCUACUGGAGCAACCGCAUAGCCAUGCUGGCGAGCAGUCAAUUUCCCAUUGUCACCGCUCUUGGCACAAAGAACAAUCUCGUGUCUCUGGUCACGGGCAUCAGCUACGAUAGGCUCAAUUAUAUUCAUCGAAUGAUGGCUAGGACAUGUUUCAUGCUCCUUUGGGUACAUGCAGCGGGCGAAAUAGUAUGCUUUCCCUCCUUCCAGGAGACUUUGAGCGAGCCAUGGCUUCGUGCCGGUAUCACUGCCAUGGUUGCCUUCUCUAUUCUGAUCAUAGUAUCACUGCGUCCUGUUCGUAGUGAUAUCUAUGAGGUCUUCUUUUACGUCCACUUCCUUGGCGUCCUGAUAUUUCUGGUGGGAGGAUAUUACCACACCAAGGGUGCUUACGGGUCGUACUGGAUAUGGCCAUCGUUUGUGUUCUGGGCUCUCGACCGCUUCAUCCGAGUGGUUCGACUUGUUGUAUUCAACCACUCUUACUUUGGCUUCAAGUCAGGAUCUGGGACGAUGGAUGCAACGACUGAAAUGCUUUCUGCAGAUGUCGUUCGAUUGCGCUUACGCCGGCCCGCGCAUUUCCAUUGGUCCCCAGGACAAACGGCAUAUCUAAUCAUGCCCUCGGUGUCGACACUGCCAUUCGAAGCGCACCCCUUUACUAUUGCGAGUUUCGAUUCUAGUCUGCUUUCAACCCCCCAAACGGAGGAUCAAUCUGGAAAUGAUGAAACUCAGGUUUUGGGAUCAAGCGCUCCAUUCUGGAAAGAGCUCGUGUUUUUGAUUAACGUACAUGGAGGGUUCACGAAAAAGCUAAAGGAAGUAGCUGACACAAAGGGCAUAGUUAAGGUUUUUGUAGACGGCCCUUACGGACCGUCUCCUGACCUAGGUUCUUACGACACGUGCGUAUUUGUGGCAGGAGGGUCUGGUAUAUCAUAUACCCUUCCGGUCUUCCUGAGCGUUAUUGAGAGCGUACGCAAGGGGAAAAGUUCCUGCAAACGAGUUGUGUUCAUUUGGUCAAUACGCGGAGCUGGCUAUGUUCAAUGGAUCGAAGAAGCACUUAUCAAGGCUAUUCAGCUUGCCCCACCUUCUUUGACAAUAUCCAUCCGUAUCUUUGACACCGGUUCUCUAUCAAAGGCACAAUCCAUGGAAGAGAAUUACAGCCCUUCAACUCCAACAGAGAAGAACGGUAUUCCUGAACAAGUUGUGACAAGGAAAACUUCUUUAACGUCGUCAAUGCUAUUAUCUUUACGCGGGGUCAAGAUGGAAAGUGGACGAUCGGAUCUGGAUGGACUGCUCAAAGAAGAAGUUAGCAUCGCCUCGGGGAGUAUGUCGGUGAGCGUUUGCGGAUCUCAGAAUAUAUCGCGCGCAGUCCGUCAUGCACUUCGCUUCCCUGUCUCUGGACCUUCCAGUAUUCUCAGUGGAGGACCGAGCGUGACCCUAUAUGUCGAAUCGUUCGGAUAUGCCUGAUGGUCUCCUGAGCCACCUGGUUCACUUUUAUGUAUGACCUAUUCUGUUUUCUUUGUCACCUGGGUUUCUUGCGAUUUGAUACUGUAGCUAGUACGGUUUACGUUGCCAUGGAAGUCCGAGGGAUGUUUGUACUCGAUGGGACCAUUGUUUAGUAUACCGUAUACUUGUAAAUCUGCCUCAAAUGUUAUGUACUUUUAUGAAGUUCG